CCAGGACUCGCGUCACUGCAAUUUUUUCAUCCACAUCUUCUUUUUAAAUCAGAGGCCUAAGGCAGCUUUCCAGACAAAAAAGAAAAUGGGGUUCUAAUUUAUCCCUUGUAUUAUUGUUUGUUAUUCAUGGCAGGAGGAAGGGUAUGAGCAAGAGAGAUGGGUGGGAUAUGUGGACUGGAGGAACAGACCUGCCCUGAGAAGCAGACAUGGAGGCAUGCUUGCAGCCUCCUUUGUCCUUGUGGUGGAGAUAAUGGAGAAUCUGGCGUUCCUGGCAAACACGAGCAACUUGGUCACCUAUUUGCAGCACUUCAUGCACCUCUCGCCUGCCCGCUCGGCCACCUCCGUCACCAACUUCAUGGGCACCGCCUUCCUCCUGGCCCUACUUGGGGGCUUCCUGUCUGAUGCCUUCUUCACCACUUAUCUUAUCUACCUGAUAAGUGCUUUCAUCGAGUUCUUGGGACUGGUGAUCCUGACGGCGCAGGCCAAGUCUUCAGCGCUGAAGCCACCGUCCUGCGACACCACCAUCACCAACAGCUCAUGCCAAGAGGUCUCCGGUGGGAAGGCGGCCAUGCUCUUCGCCGGCCUCUACCUUGUGGCCUUAGGCGUCGGCGGCAUAAAGGGAUCGCUCCCCGCCCAUGGGGCAGAGCAGUUCGACGAGAACACCGUGCCGGGCCGUAAGGCCCGGUCCACCUUCUUCAACUACUUCGUCUUCUGCCUCUCGUGCGGCGGCCUCAUUGCGGUGACUAUGGUGGUGUGGGUGGAGGACAACAAAGGAUGGCAGUGGGGCUUUGGGAUCUCCACCAUUACCAUACUGCUCUCAAUUCCGGUCUUCCUCGCAGGCUCUACCACUUAUAGAAGCAAGAUACCAAGCGGAAGUCCUCUAACAACCAUAGCCAAGGUGCUGGUCGCAGCUAUCUUUAAUGGUCAUGCUGCUCAGAGCCCCAGCAAUGCCAUCGCCGACAUGGCUCCCAGUCCUGUCAAAACAAUCCAAACCGAGGAGUUGGCAAAGGAUGAAGACACGACCAAUAAAGACAUGGUGGAAACUGAAGCACCUUCUAAGGAACUGAAGUUCCUUAACAGGGCAGUGGAAAGGAAUGCCAUUCACAAAGCCCUUUUGUGCACCACACAAGAAGUGGAAGAAGUCAAGAUUGUGAUAAGAAUCCUACCCAUAUUCCUUUCUACCAUAAUGCUGAACUGCUGCCUAGCCCAGCUCACAACCUUCUCGGUCCAACAGGCGGCCACCAUGGACACGAGAGUCGGCGGGCUAACCGUCCCACCGGCAUCACUCCCGGUCUUCCCUGUGGUCUUCAUCAUGAUCCUUGCGCCGCUCUACGAUCAUGUGAUCGUCCCCUUUGCUCGAAAGGUUACCAAGACCGAAAUGGGGAUCACUCACCUCCAAAGAAUAGGCGUCGGGUUACUUCUGUCGAUAGUGGCAAUGGCCGUCGCGGCACUAGUCGAGAUAAAGAGAAAGAGAGUGGCGAGGAGCUCCGGCCUAGUUGAUUCAGGGGAGCCUUUGCCUAUAACAUUCUUCUGGGUGGCGUUGCAGUACUUGUUCUUAGGCUCGGCGGACCUCUUUACGUUGGCUGGCUUGCUUGAGUUCUUCUUCGCCGAGGCGCCGUCAGGGAUGAGGUCCUUGGCAACGUCGCUCUCAUGGGCGUCACUGGCGAUGGGGUACUACCUGAGCUCGGUGCUGGUGUCCAUAGUGAACGAUAUCACCGGUGGAGCACACCAUAUGAAGUGGCUCGCAGGCAGCAAUUUGAAUCGCUACCACCUCGAGCGGUUCUACUGGCUAAUGUGUGUGCUGAGUGCUCUCAACUUCGGGAACUUCUUGUUUUGGGCAUCUCGGUAUCGGUAUAGAACGGCAGGGCCCAAGGGAUAGUGGGAGUAUAAAGCGUGAACCGUGCGUGUUAAAGAAAUGGUAAAAAGGGUGGCUAGAGGAAUAUUAUUGGUGUGGGCUAAAUCAAUUAUGUAUGAUCUACAGCCUCCAUGAUAGAGGCAAUCUUCUCCUACGGGUAUAGAUAAGUAGGUGCAUGUAUACCUGUAAGGUGAUGCAUGGGUCCAUUGCCCAAAUCUUGUACACGUCAAGUACUAAUCAAGGAAGAUAUCUUGGAAUGGGAACAAGGCACCCACUCUUCAUACAAUAA